CGAUAGCUUGGACGUGGAUGCUGUUGGUCCUGCUGUCUCCGACCUAUGCUGCUCUGGUGAACUUCGACAAUUGCUUACCUGCGCCCACGAUCGCAUCGAACCCACAGAAACUCCAGUUCGUCCCGCUUGAUGUGUCCGUGGUAUUCGACUUGAAGAACCCUCUUCAUAACUUGAAUAUCACGGUAUACGGCAAUGUUUCUGGAACCGCUGAUCAAUCAUCUUCCUAUCCAUCCCCUGAUGAUCCACAGUGGACGAAUCCGAACGAGACGGUUGGAAAGAUUGUGGAUUUGAACACGGCCAACAACAAAUUAACCACCCUCGUGACGUCUGUUGACGUGGUUAGCUUCUCCCCGUACAGUGGUCCAACCAGCUUCUGUGACUCGGUUCGAGGAGGGUGCCCGAUCGGCCCCGUCUUUAAUGCCAAUGCGUAUGUAUUCAAGCUUUAGCAAUUUCUAAAUUUAUCUCGUUCAGCUAACUGAAUAUUACGAACACUGACAGGAGCGACUUGGCUUCGUUACAUUCCUUCUCUGUCCAACAUGACAUGCUAUCGUCGUACCGCUUUUCGACCUUGUCAUCUACACUGGUAAUCAAGUCCGGUGAUGCGGCAGCUACUGAGCUGGGGUGUAUAUCGGUUGAUGUUACACCGGAUCUUGGAUCGGCCUUGAAGAGCGCGUUAGCUUACGUACCUCUUGUCAUCCUAAUUCUCGUAGGAUUCGCGACCGUAACCGCCGCAAUCUACAGUCCGUGGGGCACAACGGACCCAUUUCACUGGACAAGCAAUUACGGCCGUGAUGAAGAUGUCCUCCGACUGGUGACACCUGGGUUUGGCGACUGCCUACAAUACAUUCAAUUCGCGGUCCUGACAGGAGCCUUAUCACUAAAUUAUCCCGGUUACUACCAGCCCGUGGUCAGUCAGGUUGCAUGGUCAACUCUGAUGUUUAACCAGAGCUUCCUGAGUCCCGGACAUGAGCGGAAUCCAGUCAAGGACGGUGUGUACACUGUCAACGGCACCUAUGGGCUGGAUGCACUGCAGCAGUAUGUUGGCAUGGAGUCGGCACGGGACAUCUGGCCAGGAAUGAUGAUAUGGUUACUUACGGUCGUUGUCGCCAUUACGCUCCUCAUUCAGCUUGCAUUCGCGUUUCGCUGGCUUCUUCGGGAAAUUGCCCACGUUCCCGAGGAAGACCUUCGUUCUAAAAACAUGCCGUUUACCAUUGGCAACGUCAUUCGAAUCGUCUGUAACUAUUUGUUCUUGCCGCUCAUUUCGCUCUCCUUUUUUCAACUGGUCAUCGCUGGACAAUCUCCAGUGUACUCAGUGGCUCUAGCCGUCGUGGUGAUCCUUAUCAUGAUAGCCUUUGCAAUUUGGGUUAUUCGGUUGAUUGCAUCCACGCGUCCCAAGUCCUACCUUUUUGACGAUUUGCCCACCGUGCUGUUGUAUGGGCCGCUGUAUAACACUUUUUGCGAUGAUGCGGCCGCUUUCACUGUAGUAUCGCUUUUCCUAUCCUUUGCACGCGGUGUCGCGAUCGGUGCGCUCCAACCGUCAGGGAUCGCCCAAAUAGUCCUUCUGGCAAUCUGCGAAGUUGUUGCUAUUUUAACGCUUGUCGCUUUUCGCCCCUUUCCUUCGCCGACUUCCAUGAACCUUUAUCACUCUUGUUUCUCUGUCGUGCGGUUUCUCACGAUCCUCUUAAGCGUUGUUUUUGUCCCGUCUCUAGGGGUGUCACAGGCUGCCCGCAGUUGGAUAGGCUACGUUGUCCUCUUCUUACACGCGAUUGUUCUAGUUUUUGGGUUCUUCUUGAACGCCCUGCAGACGUUAAUUGAAGUGAUAGCUCGACUCGCUGGUGCUGGAGGUUAUGAAGGUGGUGUUACACGCGGUGGCCUCGUCAAGGUAUUCGGUAUGCGUCAACUCUCACGGCGUAUGCCACGACGAAGUGUUGGAACUCGUCAAAGCAUGGGCUCCGAGGCCGCGAUGCUAGCACACACCGACGAGCGGUUGUCUUCUCAAUUUGAUGGAUCACGGCCUAGAAGCCUCUCAGGAAGUUCGGCAAUGCUUCUUAACCGGGCAGGCGCGAGCGAGGGCAGAGCCAGUGCCUUUUAUGAGUCCGGCAGUGCUCAUGGAGGUACUCAUAGCCGGGCCAAUAGCAGUGGUCUAUUUACACCCACGACUCCUGGCAGCAACCCUACUUUCCAGGGUGCAGGCUACCAGACAACAGGAAGUAACUCUCCGAAAAGCGGUCCACUUUUUGCCAUACAAGCGAACGACCCGUAUUACCGACCGCCCAGGCCUCGAAAUAAGAGAGUGGAUAUGUGUGGCGGGGAGAAAGGCAGAACGGGCGGUCGACAACGCGCAGGCAGCGAUGCCGAUGAUGAUAUAAUUGAGGGCCCUCUGUCUGGACGGGGCACACCCGUGCCAGCCUAUAUACCUGCGCCGAAGGACGACCUCGACCUCGAUGAUCCUCGACAAUCCCGCAAAGAUUAUGCUGUUCGCGAGGUUGACUUCUACUACCGAGUCAGGGGACCACCACUAUCGCAAAGCGGCACACGUAAAUUGAAGACUGGCCCUGCGGAUCCCACCGGACCUGUAUCUUCUGCCACCGGCUUCUUCCGGAACCUGUUCCAAGGCAAGACCAAGGAAAAGGGCAAAGGAUUCGAGGUUGUUCGUAGCGCGAGAGCACCUCCGCCCGGUCUGCUUCCCGAAAGAGAUGAUAUCCACGAGCCAUACCGGGAUGAACCUGACGAACAGGCCGCCCCAGGGCGCAGCCGUCGAGUCUCAGAUAGCGAUCGAUCUUAUCCAGAUACGGAUAGCGAGGACAACAAUCGAAUCGGCGAGGCCCUAAUCAACUUACCUGAAGUUGAGUCAGGCGGUGCUAUUGAGCUACCCAGCCGCAUGGGCUCGCAGCAUAGCUCACACGCCCCUUCUGGAGCCGCGGAAGCUUCUCCAACUUCUCGGCAUGAUUCCCAUUCCUCGGCCUUCGGAGAUGACGCUGCAUCUCACCAUUCGCUUCCAGUUGUGACUAAGGCUGUCUCGGAGGAGCCUCAUUUCCCCUCGGGUCAGUUGCACCCUUCGUCAUCGGGCACUGGCCGACUGCCAUUCAGUGCCGCCAGCUCACCUUCCCGAGAUCGCAAUCUUUCCAUAGCUUCAACAACGCCGUCAACUUCCUCAAGCCGGCGCCACGGGAACGACGGGAGCCGCACUGAGCGGCCCUCAAGCAUGGGGUACGUUGCCCAACAUCGCACUCGAGACUAUAUCCACGAAGCCAGCCCGGACGAACCGUCUUUCACUGGGAGUGCUGCCGAGCUUGUAGAUGAGCCACACCACCCCGAAGGGAAUCAUUAAGCCCUGUGUUCCAUUUGAAGCACCUCCUUUAGUGCACCAAGUUGCACUUAUAUCCUAAUGAUAUAUCAGUCGAUCUGAUAGCGUGUCACUCUGCUAUUCUAUAUGUACUGUACCCUGAUAUCAAGGUGACGAAUUUUCUUUUGCCCUUUUCAUUUGUGUCAUCGGAAAAAUAGCUGUACCUGGCGUUGCGAUAUACGUUUGGAUCUUCG